AUAAUACAUAAAUAUAAACUUUUUGUAUUAUAUAUACGAAAUUAACAUUUUCACAUGUAAACAUUUUUGCAUUCGAUGUUUCCUUAAACAUCCCUAGGAAAUCUUACCUGCUAUUCCUUCCCCUAACAAUUAUUCCGGAAUGUGGUAACAAGACAGAGGGGGUGGGAAUAAUAAACGUUAGGCGUGUCGGCGUCUGUUUUUUUAAAUAUAUUUUAAUAGAAAAUUACAUUGAUAAAGCAAUCUUAUUACAAUACUCAGUUCUGAAUGGUACGAAUUUACCUUCUUGAGAAACUAAUUUCGUCUCUUAAAAUGUCGGCUGUGCAAAAAAUUUUAUGCACAGAAAAUGCCCUUAAGAUUCUCAAUCCAUAGCGUAUCAUUUUAUAAAUCGACAAAGUUCCGAUUCUGCAGUUGUGAUAUAGCACUAAGUAUAUGUGGCUGGCGUUUGGAUACGAGUGGAAGAGGGUAUGUUCUUAUGGGGUAGCUCGAGGGCGGUAACCUUUGCCGGGGAAUGGAGACUGAGAGCGUAAAGUCGGGGGCUAGCGAGCAUAGCCAUAGCCAUCAUAGCAGGACUUCUCAAAAACAUCAUAGAACUCAUAGUUCUAAGUCUCAUCACAGACAACAUUCUCAUAGAAGUACCAGGACUAGCCGUAGUCAGAGGAAGGAAAGACAUAAUCUGGAUACCAGUGAGAUGGCUCCCUUUCAAACAACCGUUAAUGUAAGAGGUGAUAGCGUAGAUAACUUGGGUCAAGAAGUUAUUGAAGUACAGAUAUUACCCCAAGAUGAGAAUUGGGGAGAAAAUACUACUGCUGUUACUGGAAAUACUUCGGAUAGAUCUGAAUCGACCGAAGAUGUCAGCCAUUGGCCUCAUGAAAAUGACGGAUCAUUUAGUUCCUGUAAUCGAUUUGUGGGUCCUGUUAUAGCAAUGAUAAUCGGAUUAAGCGCCUUUCUUAGUCCUGUAGCUAUGGUUAUACUGCCCAAAGUAGGAUUUUUUCCUGAUUCUACAACUGUAUUAACAAUGCAACAAAAGCUACAAUUACUAUCGUGUAAUGCAGAGUGUAAAGGCCAAUUAUUAGGUUUAGCCUUUAAGUUGGUGCUACUAGGUAUUGGGAGUUGGGCUGUGUUUUUACGCUCACGAAAUGCUACUAUGCCUCGUAUAUUCUUAUUCAGAACUGGAGUGUUACUUCUUACCACAUUGUGCAUUUGUACUUACUGGUUAUUUUAUGUUGUUCAGGUCACUGAGAGUGCUAAGACUGCUGCUAAUGGUGAAAUAACAGAGUACAAAAAUUUAGUAAAUUAUGCUGGUACUCUUGCAGAUACUCUAUUGUUCAUACAUUAUAUUGCGAUAUUACUCAUUGAAAUCCGACAUCAACAGCCUAUGUUUUACCUUAAAGUUGUAAGAUCACCGGAUGGAGUAUCAAGAUCUUAUGCAAUUGGACAGUUGUCGAUACAACGAGCGGCGGUAUGGGUAUUAGAAAGGUAUUAUACAGAAUUUCCUAUCUAUAAUCCAUACUUAGAACGAUUACCUGUAUCAAAGUCUGGCAGAAAACAAUCAAGUUUCAAGUUCUAUGAAGUUGAUGGUGGUGUAACUAGUGGUGUUCAAUCACGGGGAGGUAGCGGUGACAGAUCAGUCAUGCCUACUCAAACCCGUCGUAGAGAUUCUAGCCAUAACGAACGAUUUUAUGAAGAACAUGAUUAUGAACGCAGAGUUAGGAAACGUAGAGCAAGAUUAAUCACUGCCGCUGAAGAAGCAUUUGCACAUAUUAAACGUUUACAUUCAGAGGUAGAAUCAACUCCAAAUCCUGGUCCCAUGGAUCCUAUGGAGGCUGCACAAGCAGUAUUUCCAUCUAUGGCAAGAGCCUUGCAAAAGUAUUUAAGAGUAACGCGUCAGCAACCGCGUCACUCUGUAGAAUCUAUUUUAAAUCGACUGGCACGAUGUUUGGCUCAAGAUGCAGCACCACGUGCAUUUCUAGAGCCCUUUUUUGUAACGAGUCCUGUUCUUUCGAAUGAAAAGGAGAGACAAAAACGUUCGCAUCAUUGGGCCUUAGUCUGCGAGGGUGAGUUGCCGUCGCGACCACUUGCUAACGGUUGCGAAUUUCAAUUACGACAAGGCGAAGUAGCUCUUUUGUGUACAGCAUAUCAUUUACCCCACUUCCAUCUUACAGAACAACUUGCGCAUCCAAAAUCUAAUAAAUUCCUACUAAGAUUAAAUUCUGAAACGUCGGUCUAGUAGCACUGUAAGAUUAAUAGAACUUUUUGAAAUAAUUUGCAAUCGAAUGCUUGUAUUUUUAACGAAUACAAAACUCAUUAAGAAUGAGUAGUUUUUUACUGUAUAUAUAUACAUAUAAUUGAAAGAAAAACUCCACGAUAAUAAGCUUGUAAGUAUUGUGAAUGAAAUAUAAUUAUAGCAAGCAAAUACUACAGAAGCCUAUAUUAUUGUUAUAUACAUAUAGCAAUGAUAAAGUUAUUAGAAUAUAUUUUCAGAUAAACAGAAAUUUUAACAGCAACAAGAUAGUUUUUUAUAACACUAUCACAAAAAUAUUCGCAUUAAUGAAAUUACUUAUAUUUUUCUUUUGCUACAAGCAAUCGAAGGAUAAUAGAUAAUACAGUUUGUGCAUUUACAGCUUUAGAUAAAAUACUCAAUUGUUCGUACUAUGGACGCGCACAUUUAUUUAUUACAUCAUUAGUAUAUUAUUAUUCAUAAAAUCAAAAUAAGUCUAUCAUACUUUAUAGCAGUAUUGUCUAAAAAUAUAAAAUUCUUAGGUAUUUUUCGGAAAACAAAUGUGUAAUUGAACGAAAUUCAAAAAUUUCAAACGAUUUGUAGAAUAGAUUUGCUUUAGUUAAAUUAUAUGAGCUACAAAUGCUUCUUUGUCAUUAAAACAAUAGUGUUCCAAAAGUGCAUUAAAACUAUUAUACUUGUAAUAUCAACAAUAACUAUCAUAUAACUUGAUGAGGUAAGAUAUAAUAGUCAGUACGAUAAUAGAAUUGAGAUGAGAUGUGAAAACUCAAAUUUGGUUAACGUCUGUAAUUCCGAAAUAACCAACAGUUUGAUUAGAGUUGCUAAGGUUCUGAUAAUGUCUUUAUUGAUAUUUGAUGAGUAAGUUUUAUUCAGUUAAACAUGAGAUUUUCCACCAAUGUACAUUAUUUUUAAGAGACCCAGGAUUUAUUUAGUAUGGCAAGAAUGAUUACUUGAUACCAAAGCUCUAUAAAUUGGUGAUGAUUCGGAAAAUUUUAAGUCAUUAAUUAUUUCUUGUAAUUGAAACAGAGUAAUGUAAACUCUUCAAAGAACUUGUUUAAUCUCUGAUGUAUAUUGUACCAUUUAAAAUCAUUCUUUUUUAGCAAUAUCCUUGGUCAAAGUAAGAUUUUUAAUUGUCUUAUUAUCCUAGUUGUAACAAUAUCUAUCUUGAAGAUGAUAGAAUAGGAUUAUUUAGCUUAUUAGAAAAUCCUAAUGUUUUUGUUAUCACGAAUUUUACUUCCAAUAUAACAGUUGAGACAUUGUUUUGACAUUUUGACUUUUUCAGCAAGUAAUUUUCUGAAACACUUAGAUCACAAUUUAUUGUAUCUUUCUUUAAAAAUAGCUUCAGUCCACUCUGUUUAUUCCAAAUUUUGUAAAGAUAGUGUUUUGAAUACGUCAAAUAAGCUCAAUAAAAUCUUGAUUGUUGAUCAUUUUGUUACUCAUGAUCAACAACACAUUAUUUUAAAAUCCAGUGAUUAAUGAAUUGGUAGAAAUCCAUGUUUAAUUGCCUAUGUCCUUUGUGAGACUAGUGUCCCCGAAUAAUUAUCAUAUACUUAGGAUCUGUAGGGUUAUCAUCUCAUGAAACAUUUUUUUUAUUUAUUCUGAAUGAGAAAAAUAAUUACAUUCCUAUAAUCUAUUUAUACAAUCUUCCGUUCGUGCAUAUAAUUAUGCACCUAUGUGUAUUUAUGUAAAAAGACACAUGGCACCUGUAUUUUUUAAUAUAGUUCAAUGAUACAGUUUCUUCCAUGACAUCAGUCUUAUUAAGUUUUUCCUGACAUUUUACACUGGUAUUAUGUAAUUAACUUUUUAUAAUUUAUGUAUUUGUUUAUCUUUAGAUUAUUUAUAAUAAUUUUUCAAUUUGUUAAGGAAUUAUUUGAAGUACUUAAAUAAUAGCUAUUAAUUUUAAAGUAUAUGAGCAACUUACAGUUGCAAUAGAAAAUGAAGUAAAAUUUUGAUAAAUUUAUUGAGAUUUAUAACAAUCUAGAAAUAAUAAUUGUAUCGUUUAUAAAAUAUAUUUAAUAUAAUAGCCUAUGAUAACUUAAGGAAUAAUAUUUUAAUAGUACCUAUCUAAACUAGUUGAAAAUGUUGUAUUCUUUGCUGUAACAAAUAUUAGUAGCAGUUCUUUUUUGAAGUUUCAUUAAAUUUCUGUUUCUUUUAAGAUUCUUAUUUCUUAAGACUCGUCUGUUGUGAUGUAUUAAUUUGCUCAUAUCUACCCUUGGACACAGUACCAUAGUUGAUGUACCUCUUUUAAGUAUUUAAAUACUUUACAUUAUUUAUAUAUAGCUUUAUAGAUUCAAAAGUACUGAAUAUAAUGAUUUUACUCCAUAUAAUCGCUGAUAUUAUAUUAUUUUUAGUAUAAGUUUUUUGUGUUAUUUUAAAAUGUUAUUUUAUAUGCCGCUUUACAAGGUUGAUGGUAUUAUAUUUGUAACUGAACUUACUAUUAUAAAUAUAUGUACAGUAAAUAAUAAGAAUAAUACUCUACAUUCAUGUUAUAGUAUGUAUAUAUGUCAUAUUCAACAUAUGAGCAUAUAAAUAAGAUGAUCAGUGUAACAAUGAAACUUGUUAUACAAAGAAAUUAUAAUAUUAUAAAAUUGUUUUUUUCACAUUCUUGUUCAAUAUUUAAAUUCGAAUGACAAAGAGUAAAGUGCAAAUUGACCCAUGCCUAGAAAAUAUUUAACAUAUCACGAUUUAGUAAUAAAAAUAUACAUCACUUGUCUCUGCUUGUAACUUACAUUAUUUGAAACAAUGAUAAGUUAAAAAUAUUUACAUUGAAGUAUAAAAUAAUGUUUUGCUUAUGACUUUGAAUUUUUGUAUGCAGUGUUGCUGUGAAUAGCUUUAAUUUCGAACUUUUUUUUAUUUAUAU